AUGUGGUCGACAUUCGUUUGGUGUCUUAUUGGCAUACUAAUGGUCAGUAAUCCAUUGUUAGCAAAACAUAAAUCUCUGACUGACAUACAUACAGUACUACCGUCAACUAUUCCGGAUACUGAAUACGAACAAGUUAUUGCUGAACGAUAUCUAUUUGCUCCGUUUGCGAAUGAAUCGAUUGCUUGGGUCACACUGAGUGAUAUUCACUCUGUAUGGCAAGCUGUCUCAUUACCACAAUAUCAUUCUCAAGCUGCUGAAGGAGUUUGGUUACUUGGUCAGACUACUACUAAGACACAAAGAACUGAAUUUAUGAAUACUACACUACAUAUGUUUUGGAUGUCUUUAUCUACUAAUGGUACUUUAGUAACUUUAACUGGAAUCGAUGUCAAAAGUAAUACUAGUCGUUUGGUCGUUUCACAUAAUACAAAUACAAUUCGAACAUAUACAGCUGCUCUUAUUUCACUAGAUCGCAUACAACUACUCUUAUGUAAUCGAUCGGAUGCAACUUCUUGUAAUAUGAUACAAAUCAUCUACUUUCCUUCUGUCUUAGCAAAUAUAUCAAAAAUUGCAGGUGGUAUAUUUGUUGAAGAUCUAGGAGUAGCAGGAUGGCUAUUUAUUGCUAGUGAUACUGGACUACAUGGAUUGGAUCUUUCUACAUUUACAAUCGUUCCUUUUGUCAACCAGAUAAAUACAGGUGUUUCAUCGUUAGCAUGGAGUUCGAAACGACAGACAGUGUUUUUUGGUACGGAUACUAAACUAUGGAUUCAUUCCUAUGGUACUGAUAAUGAAGGAUGGCGAUUUGAGCAUAUUAACGGUCUUAUUGAUGCACCAAUUACAUCAUUAGUAUAUAAUGAUGUUCAAGAUCAAUUAUGGGUAGGACAAGAUACUGGAAUUACUUUUCUUUUGCCAGUUGUCAUGUCGACAGGUCGGCUUCAUUGGUACUUUUCUAGACUAGCAGGUCAAAUAUCUAAUCCUGGCUCAUAUAUUGGCCAUCUUCCAUUGGCUAACAUAACUGUUUUGGGUGUUAGUCAUUCGACAGUAUCUGAUAGUCGAGUUUGGUUAGGCAGUAUUUAUGGAGUCAUGCGUUUUAAUUCCAACGAUACUGAUAUGAACUCUUGGCGUGUGUUCAAUAGUGCCCGUUAUAUGCCUAAUCGUAAUGCAUUGGUCGAUGUAUCUUCAUUAGCUGUGCUGAGUCGUUCUAGUACUGCACUCAGUGUUGCGGGAAGUGCUGCUGUUGCAGUCACUAGUAAAGGUCUGAGUGUUCUUCGUUUCGAGAUAUGGACAUUGGCACAAAAGGUACGACAUUUUCAAGCUUUUCUAGAACAACCAGGUAGACAUAACAAAUAUAAUCUUGUUUCUGACUGUCCUAUGUCAUUAUGGGGUGAUAAUCGUUCGUGCAUCAAAGGAUCAAGUGACAACGAUGGUCUUUGGACGACAAUGUAUUUAAGUAGUCAAAUCUUUCGGUAUGCCGUCACUAAAGAUCCAACAGUCAAAGUAUCGGCUUGGACACAUUUCGAAGCAUUGGAACUGCUUAAUCAAGUAUCAGGUAGUGUAUGA